AUGUCAUGACUUAAGGCCGCAAACGCAUUUUCAAAAUGGCAGAAUAGUUUUUAGCGGCGGGAGUUUCGGGAGUUAACGUGGAGGAAAAUAAUUCAAAGCACAUUCCACUGAAGAGAACACCAUCCACCAAAGAAAACACAGCAAUGACUCGUGGUGGCAGAACAGAACUUGGAGCAGUCACACCACACAACAUCAAACAGCUGAAGAAGUUGAAUUCAGUAGUUUUUCCAGUUUCGUAUAAUGACAAGUUUUAUAAGGAUAUAUUAGAUGUUGGAGAGCUGGCCAAAUUAGCGUUCUACAAUGACAUAGUUGUUGGAGCAGUUUGCUGUCGUGUGGACAAAUCUGACAACUCACGGAGGUUGUAUAUUAUGACAUUGGGUUGUCUGGCACCUUACAGAAGGUUAGGUAUAGGUACAAUAAUGUUAGAACAUGUUUUAAAGAUAUGCGAAGAUGAUGGGAAAUUUGAUAGCGUUUAUUUACAUGUGCAAGUAAGCAACGAAGGUGCAAUUGGCUUCUAUAGAAACUUUGGAUUUGAAAUAAUCGAGACAAAAACACAAUAUUAUAAAAGAAUCGAACCGGCUGAUGCAUACGUGUUACAAAAGACUCUUCGUCCCAGUUCUAAGAAGUAAUUCCGACAUUUUAGUAAUUCGUUAACGACAUUCGUUAUCGCAUAAUCAAACUCGAUAUAUUAAUGAAAGCCGUAAAUCCUCGUAAUCUUUUUGCCUGAAUGCGUAGUUGAAGACCACAACACAGAAACGUGUAUAUGUGAAGAUGUUGAUUAUGCAAAAAAUAUUGUUUUUUUAAGAAUGCUAGA